AUUAUAAACCGUGAAAACGUUAGCAUCGGUGUGAACAUUUUUCUGUUCUUGAUAAAAAGCAUAAAAAAAGAGCUGAAAUCAUGUCGAGUGAAACUACUGAAAAAUCCUCUCAUCCAUCGUGGCUGAAUUCUGAUUUCUUUUAUUCGAUUUUGCGAAAUAAUAAGCACCUUCCGGGAGCAACAGAUUCACUCUCCAUUCAAUCCAUUCACAUAGAACCAGCCACAAAUGUGGGAGACAAUUACAUGUCCAGUAUUUACAGAGUUCUUAUUGAAUAUUCUCUCGCAAAACAUGGCGAUCGUGAAAAAUUGGCACUUAUUGUGAAAAUGCUGCCGGAUUCUGAGUUAAUGGGAGAUUUUACAGAUAAAUACAAUGCAUUCCCCAAAGAAAUUCUUCUUUAUGCAAAAAUAAUUCCGGGUUUGGAGGAGAUUUGGCAGAAAGCAGGGCAUCCCGUUGAAUUCGGCCCAAAGCUCUAUUUCAGCUCAGAAAGUCCAAAAGUUCUAAUUGUUAUGGAUGACCUCAAGGCAAAGGGGUACCGAAUGAUUCCGCGACAGGAGGGAUUGAGUUUGGAACAAGGAAAGGUUUUAUUGACCAAAUUGGCCAAAUUUCAUUCAGCUUCUGUAAUUUACUACGACGAGAAUGGACCGUAUUCUGAUUUACUGAAUGAGGGACUUAUUCGAAUGGAGCUGAAAGAUGAUUUGGAGAUAUAUUACAACUCAAUGUACGAUGGUAUGAUGGAAAGGAUGGAAAGUUGGGAUUUUGCUGAACCUUAUCGACCAAAAUUAAGAUUGUGGAAAGAUAGAGUAUUUGACUCAGGCUACAAAAUAAUUCAAGCUGAAAGCGAUACAUUCAACGUCUUGAAUCAUGGAGAUGUCUGGAACAACAAUUUAAUGUUCAAAUUCACCAACGAUCGUCCUGAAGUCCUCUUUGUGGACUAUCAGCUUUGUUCUUGGACAUCACCAGCUGUUGAUUUCCUUUAUUUCAUGGUUAAUGCCAUGAACACGGAUGUUUUAAUUGAGCAUUUCGAUGAUAUGAUCAAAUUCUACCACGCAGAGCUUUCGAGCAACUUUGAGAAGCUUAAAAAGCCCGAAAAGAUUCCUCCGUUAGAGGACAUUGAGAAAGUUAUUUAUCGCAAAGGUUUCUUCGGGGCAAUGAUGCUAAUUGAAACAGUUCCAGUCAUUAAGUCCAAUCCAGACUUGGAGAUGGAUAUAGAAGCAGUACUAGCGGGCGAUGAAAAAGCAAUAGAGAUGAAGAGGAAGCUCUAUUUUUCAGAAACAUCAACGAAAGUUUACGAAAAAUUGUUACCUUUCUUGGAUAAGAAAGGAUUUUUAGAUAUUGCUCUGUCUCAUACAAGUCUUCUUUGGGGCAAGUUCAAGGAAGUAUUAUUUGAGUUUUGUUGCGCAAUGGAAUUAGACGAGAUCUUUUCAUUGAAGAAUUUAGAAUUCGACCUCAAGAACAUUGCUGAGGAAUUAUUAAAGAAAAAAUCUCAAAAUUUAUUAUCCUAUGAUGUGUAUCCAGCUGCGGGAAAAGGAAAUAAUUUUUCAAGUGUUAUUCAUCGAAUUGAAAUUAAGUUCCUGGACAAGGAUUCAGGAAUUGUAACUGAAAAGUUUAUUAUAAAGAUCCUCCCAAGUGGUGAUCGUGGAAAAUUCAUGGAAAAGCACAAUAUCUUCUAUCGUGAGAUUCACGUUUAUGAUUCAAUUCUACCUCAAGUAUCAACACUGCUAUCACAAAUAGGGUGCACCACAAAAUUGGCCCCAGAAUGCAUUACAGUGCUCUCAAAUCCAUGUACUCUUGUGCUGGAAGAUCUUUGCAAUUCUAACUACAAAAUGCUAAAUCGCAGGGAAGGAUUAAAUUUGGAGCAAUCAAUGGAUGUCCUGGAAAAUAUUGCAAAAUUCCAUGCUGCUUCUGUGAAAAUUUCCGAAAUAAAUCCCAAAUCGAUGGAAAUAUUAUUUGAGAAUUCCAUUUCAGAGUGCAUAAACUCCUUUUGCAUCUUCUACAAAACCGGAUUAGCAUCGCUGAAGGAGCUCAUUGAGCAAUGGGAAGGAUUUGAGGAGAUUGCGGAAAAAUUGGAAAAUCUCCAAGAGAGAAUUAUUGAGAAAAUCUUUGAGAACUACAUGAUAAAAUCAACAUUUUGCGUUCUCAAUCACAACGAUUUGUGGACUAAUAAUGUUAUGUUCAAGUAUGAUUCUUCAGGAAAAUUAAUCAAUUCGGCAAUAAUUGAUUAUCAAUUCGUCUAUUGGGGCUCACCUGCCAUUGAUCUGAAUUUUUUCCUCUACACUUCAAUUGAGGAGGGUGUAAGGAAAGCACAUUGGAACCAUUUAAUUCAUCACUAUCAUAAGAUUUUAAGUAAAACCCUCAAAGAUCUGAAGGCUACAACAAUAGUUCCUAAAGUAACAGAAAUCCAUGCAGAAGUCAUCCAAAGAGGUGUUCAAGGCAUUUUGGCAUGUCUUUUGAAAGCCGCUGUAAUUAUUGCGCCAGUUGAGAGUGUUGAUUUUGGGCUCAUCUUGUCGGAAAGAGAAGAAGGAGCGUCCUACAGACGUCAACUUUUCUCUAAUCCUAAAUACGUUGAAUUUAUUAAGCCACUAAUUUGUGAAUUUAACUGGCUUGGAUAUUUAGACUAAAACAUAGCAUUAGGACCCCUAAAUCAGGUGAAUCUUUAAUAAUUUUUAAAUUUCAAAUUAUGCUAGAGGCAAAUAAAAAAAAAAUUCUUGAAUUUUUCUGAUUAGAAGUGCUUUAAUAUAAAAUAAUUUCUAGAAUAAAAUAUUAUUCCUUAUUUCGAAUGCGAUAAUUUUUUAAUUUCUCUAUUAUUAAAAAUUUAAAAAAAAUGCUUAUUACAUGUAUGUGAAAUAUUUGAAUAAAGCGCAUAAGUAGAGAAAA